GUACCCUACAACACAUGGUUGCUAAGCUCCAUAUUGUUCAUUUUUAUUCAAGACGUGUGCAGUAGCAGCAGUAGCAGCAGCGUACAGUAAUAACACGCGCUGUAAUGGUAGACUCCACACCCCCUGCAGCUGCCGGGAAUGGUCUCUCCCGAGCAGAAAGCCGAGCACAAGGGCAGCGCAGUAGCUGGCAUUAGUGACACUGAUAGUGAGCGCAGCGCCCGCAUUGCCCGCAGCUGUGCCCGCACACCAGGGAGGCUGAGGGAUGGGGAAGAAGAGCUGAGGGGGAGGAGGAGGCCAUAGUGCACAUCCAGCGCCGAGCACCCUCUGCAGAGCCCGGACACACAGCAGCUGCAGCUCCGCAAGCUUGUGUAGAAGAUUUUGAUUGGAGGAGAGGCAUGUAAUAGCAGCAAUAUUUCCACUGUAAAACCACAAAAUCCCUAUGACAGGAGAACUCUGAGGAACGCGUCUAAGUCAUCAUGCACAUGGUGCUGUUCUGCUGAAAUGAACAUGAUGAAGACAGAAGCCACAGGAGAGCGUUCGAACCUGAGGAGCGCCUCACCCCACAGGAAUGCAUACAGGACUGAGUUUCAGGCUCUCAAAAGUACCUUCGACAAACCAAAACCUGAAGGGGAAGGCAAGGCGAAAGAUGAGAGUGAGGUUCUUCAGACACAGCAGACAAGGGGGCGGAGGUAUGGGUCAAAUGUCAAUAGGAUCAAAAACCUGUUCAUGCAGAUGGGUAUGGAACCCAAUGAAAAUAAUGGUGUUCCGACUAGAAAGGCCAAAGCCUCACCGGCCUCUCCUCAAAGGAGAUCAAAGCCCAGAGAGCCUGUGGAAAAGAAAGAGCCUGUGGAAAAGAAAGAGGUACCGGAUGUAAAAUUCAAGACUACAGUUUCAGAAAGGAUCAGUCGAUUUGACACUUUGGAUGGACCUUCUUACUCUAAGUUUACAGAAACCAGGAAGUUGUUUGAACACAGUACACAAGACCCUGAGAUGAGUAGUCGCCAUAAUUCCAGAAAGGAGAGACGAGGAUCUGGGGAAUUUUUAGAUGAGGGGCGUGGGAGUAAGUCGAAUAGAGGGAGCAGUGAUUCUUUGGACAGUUUGAGUUCCAGGACAGAAGCUCUGUCCCCAACUGUGAGCCAACUUAGCGCUGUGUUUGAGAACAGCGAUUCUCCAAGCCCCAAUACUCUGGAGAAAAAUGAAAAUAGUGAAGGGUAUUCGGUAACUGGACAUUAUCCUCUCAACAUUACACCUUCUGUUGUGACGGAUUUUGAUGGUUAUGGGCAAAAUAAAGACUCAAAUUCUUGGUCUCCACCAAUGGAAAGUGACACUGAUAUAUGUUUGGAGAACAUGCAACAAAUAAACGCAACAGUAUCACAUGAAGAUGGACAUGUUUCCCCUAAAGAGGUCAAAAGAGAAAAGAGCGUAGGCUGCAGUACGUCCAAUGAUAGCGUAUUGGCCAAGAACAAUCUCACAGAUGGUGCCAACGAUGUAAGGCACAUAGCGAACAAACCUGAGCACAUUACGCAACACAACAACCUGUCAGAAGAUUCAGUGAAUGCUUUUGAUAGGACUAAACCAGGAGAAUCCCCCACAGCCAUGGAAAACAAUGACAACUUUCCGACCAAACGUAACCACGGAGCUUCUACUUCUCUAGAUGUCGGGACAAGUAUGACUGGUGACUUGAAUUGUCUCUCUACUGUUCCGUCCUAUGAACACUCUGAUUAUAAUGUUUACAGAGUGCGCUCACGGUUUAACACGGAUUGGGAAGAGACAGAACCCGGGGAUGAUGAUGAUGAUAGCGAUGAAAAUAAGUCUUACGAGCCUGACAUGGAAUAUUAUGAGGUACCCGGAUUGCCGGAAGAAGAAGAAGUUCCGACUCAGAGGAAAAUCAAAUUUAGUAAAGCACCUAUCAAAGUGUUCAACACGUAUUCCAAUGAAGAUUACGACAGGCGGAACGAUGAAGUGGAUCCAGUAGCUGCUUCGGCAGAGUAUGAGCUGGAGAAGCGAGUGGAGAAGCUGGAUUUAUUCCCGGUGGACCUGGAGAAAGAUGAAGAAGGCCUUGGCGUCAGUAUCAUUGGCAUGGGGGUUGGAGCUGACACUGGGCUGGAAAAACUUGGAAUAUUUGUAAAGACUGUGACGGACGGAGGAGCGGCCCAAAGAGAUGGAAGGAUCCUUGUCAACGAUCAAAUCUUAGAAGUCGACGGGAUUAGUCUGGUCGGCGUCACUCAAAAUUUUGCAGCCACCGUUCUCCGAAACACCAAAGGAAAAGUCAGGUUUAUUAUAGGACGGGAAAAACCAGGACAGAUAAGUGAAGUGGCUCAGCUGAUCAGCCAAACUCUGGAGCAGGAGCGCCGUCAGCGGGAGAUGCUUGAACAACACUAUGCACAAUACGAUGCAGAUGAUGACGAGACAGGAGAAUACGCCACCGACGAGGAGGAUGAAGAUGUGGGCCCCGUCAUCCCGGGAAGAGAAAUGGCCAUUGAGGUUUUCGAUCUUCCGGAAGGUGACGAGAUGUUUUCGUCAGAUCUGGAUGCAACAAAACUAGCUCACAAAUUUAAGGAGCUGCAGAUUAAGCAUGCAGUCACCGAAGCUGAAAUCCAGAAGCUGAAAACAAAGCUUAAAGCCGCAGAGAAUGAAAAAGUGAGGUGGGAACUGGAGAAAACGCAGCUGCAACAAAACAUCGAGGAGAACAAAGAUAGGAUGAUGAAGCUGGAAAGUUAUUGGAUCGAGGCUCAGACUCUGUGUCAUACGGUCAACGAGCACCUGAAAGAGACGCAAAGUCAGUACCAGGCCCUGGAGAAGAAAUACAAUAAGGCCAAGAAAUUGAUCAAGGAUUUCCAACAGAAGGAAGUUGACUUCAUGAAAAGGCAAGACGUUGAGAAGAAGAAGAUUGAAGACAUGGAAAAAGUUCACCUUGCAGAAGUUCAAAACUUGCAGUCACGCAUCAGGGACCUGGAAGCAGAGGUGUUUCGGCUUCUCAAGCAAAACGGCAGCCAAGUGAACAACAACAACAACAUUUUUGAAACUAGGACAUGUCAUGGCGACGACUCAAGCGGAGUUUCGGCCGAAGAUUUGGGUGAAAAGCAAGAGUCGAGCUUGGAUGGCUUGAAGGAAGUUUCAGAAGGCGCAGCCAAAAGUGCAGACCACGAUGAUGUGUUUGGCUUCAAUGAAGCGAUCCCUGAAACAGAGAGACUGGAUUCCAAAGUUCUGAAAACUCGAGCGCAUCUUAUAGUAAAGAGCAAAAGACAGAGACCGUCCAGAGCGCGGUUAGGAGACAGCAUCAGCUCCACCGAUGGAGAGGACAGCAUUGAGAGGAAGUGCUUCUCUUUCUGGCCGUCUGUAGCCCGCAAUACGUGCCGUUCGAACGUGACGCUGAGCGAUGACUUCAGUCCCAGCAGCGCCUCUUCAGCUGACUUGAGCGGUCUUGUGGUGGAACCAAGGUUUGCAGAAAGAUCCCAUUCCUUAGCCCUGUCCUCCGACGAGAGCCUGGAUAUGAUAGAUGAUGAGAUUCUAGAUGAGGGACAGUCUCCCAAACACAGUCAAUGGCAAAGCCGUACUCCCUUAGACUGGACCACACAGCAAGUGACCAACUGGUUAAUGACUCUUAACUUAGAGCACUGUGUUUCUGAAUUCACAUCCCACGAUAUCAACGGCGAGCAGCUUCUCCAGAUGGACAGCACUAGGCUUAAAGCUCUAGGGGUAAAUUCCCAAGACAGAAUGAUCAUUAGAAAAAAAAUCAAGGACAUGAAAGUGACAAUCGAAAAAGUGCGAAAAGCCAAUGAAAAGAUGGAGAAACAAAAAGAGCGGCUCCGAAAGAAGGAGCAGGACAGGGUCAGGAACGAGAACGUGAUGGAAAACGCCGCCCAGAGCCCCAGCGAGCCUUAGCUCCUGUACAGUGAGUGUGAAUAGGACAAUUCUACUACAAGGGUCAACUGUAUCCGAAACCUCCAGGCGCUGAACAGAUGUCGUACAAUGCCGGCACGGGUCAGGUGGACGACACUCAACAUCUUCUCUUUCACUUUCGUGUAUCGUAUUGGUUUUGUUUUGCCAAAACAUAGGUCAACUUUGAAGGCAAAGUCAUCAUCGCUCAUCAUUAUCUGGAUAGACGACUGCAACAGAAACCUAUAAUAAUUCUAUAUAAAGCGGUUAUCCAGGAAAAAAACUUUUUUUUAUAUAUCAACUGGCUCCAGAAAGUUAAACAGAUUUGUAAAUUACUUCUAUUAAAAACUCUUAAUCCAUUCAAUAAUUAUCAGCUGCUGAAGUUGAGUUGUUGUUUUCUGUCUGGCAACAGUGAUUGUCUCGGGAACCACCCAGUUUAUAAGAGGUUUGCUAUGGGGAUUUGCUUCUAAACUGGGUGAUUCCUGAGACACGUGUCAUCAGAGAGCACUUAGACAGAAAAGAACAACUCAACUUCAGAAGCUCAUAAGUACUGAAAGGAUGAAGAUUUUUUAAUAGA